AUUCUAAUGAAGCUGUCGAAUGUAGAUCUGCAAGGAAUGUUAAUUGUGAUGUUGAUCUUUUGAGAGCAAUUGAUACUACAUUACGACAACAUAACAUUUUUGCGCGAUCAUAUCAGAUGAUGAAAGAUGUUUUAAAAGAUAAUUCUACGAUUGAUUCAGACGGCAAUGUUAUUGAACCUGAAUUACAUUUAAUGUUUACUUUAAAACCUGGCAUGGAUGCGAGACGUUAUAAUUUUCAAAGGAUUAAUGAGGUUGCGGCAGUUUUUUCAACGACGGCAGAUGGUGGAAUUCCCGAAUCAUAUGUUACUGUUCAAAAUAAAACAGAUAAGACAUUUCAAACUUUAAGUAGUCUUGAUCCUAAUUCUGAACCUUGGGUUUAUCCUCUUUUUUAUCCACAUGGAAAUCAAGGAUGGCACACAUCUAUACCUUAUAGAUACAAAACCAAAAGAUGUGUGACUCGCGCGGAUUAUUAUAAAUAUCAAUUAGCGAUUCGAGACGAUUUCAAUAUCUUUCUUAUGGGCCGUCGCUUAACACAACAAUGGGUAUUCGAUGGGUAUGUUAAAGUUGAAUCAGACAGAUUAAAAUAUUUGAAAAAACAACAGCCGAAACUGCGAGCAGAGUUUUAUCAAG